UUCACAGAAAUGCACCAGGAAUGCAAGUGUCACGGGAUGUCAGGCUCUUGCACCGUGAAGACCUGCUGGAUGCGCCUGCCCACCUUUCGGACCGUGGGAGACUUCCUCAAGGAUCGCUUUGACGGCGCUUCCCGGGUCAUCUAUGGCAACAAAGGCAGCAACCGAGCUUCCCGCAUGGAGUUGCACCACCUAGAGCCGGAGAACCCAGCUCACAAGCCCCCUUCCCCUCAUGACCUGGUCUACUUUGAGAAGUCUCCCAACUUCUGCACUUACAGCGGCAAGACAGGCGCAGCAGGCACGGCCGGGCGCUUCUGCAACAGCACCUCCCCAGCUCUGGACGGUUGUGAGUUGCUGUGCUGUGGGAGGGGCUACCGCACCCGGACACAGCAGGUGACGGAGAGAUGCAACUGCACCUUCCACUGGUGCUGUCACGUCAGCUGCUUGAACUGCACCAACAUGCAAGUGCUGCACGAGUGCUUGUGAGCAACGAGGAGGGAAGCAAAGGACAUGCAUGGUCGAGUCAACGAGAAGCACCCAGAUCAGAAAAGAAGACCUCAC